UAAAUCAUAUUGAGGCAAAUGAAAAUAUGAUGAUAUAAAUAUUUGCUGUUUUAUGUUUAAAACUCUAAUGCUAAAGAUUCACUUGUUUGACAAUCGUUAACGUAGCAAUCCUCUUUACCCCCAAAUGGUGGAUGUUUCUCGAUAAUAUGCAGUGGUUGUUGCCUUGAAAUUUCAUGGCACCACCGGCGAGGUGACUUGUGGCGCCGUCAAGGGACGACGCCUUGAAGUCUCUAGACGAUCAUUGAACAAUACUUCGUUCGACGACUCGGCUCUUCGUUAUACCUUUCAAAGUGCAAAGCACGCCGCCGUGCAACGACACCCUCGUGCAGUGCGUGAGAAACGUGAUAUAUGUACGGUGUGUGACAUAUAAAUUUCGAUACUCGUAUUCCGUAAUCAAUAAUCCAUAAUUGAUACAUAUAAUUCACGUUCAAAGGUGUCAAAAAUGAUGGUUAUAGUGAUGACAGUGCUGACAGUGCUAAAAAACAUAGAAUGCCGGUGCCGAUAUUCGAUAAUCGUCGAAAUAAUAGACGGUACUCGCCCAAUACGCAUCGGUUGAUCGGUUUACCGGAAAUUAUAAAAAAAAAUCAUAAUAUCAGUGUCGUACUUCAAUCGAAUCGUCGUUGUCACCGUCGACAUUGUGCGACAUUCUGAUGUGAAUUUCUAUGUGGUUGGUUCUCGUAUUUUGAAGGAAAUAUCUUAAACGAACUAUUCAUUAUCAUGCAUAUGUUUUGAAUAUUUUUCGAUGCGUGAAGUAAAUGAAAAUUUUUUUGUUAUAAAAUUUAUUUUGAACGGCCUCGAUAUGUUCUCUCAUCAACGACGAUCGUUAUAACGACGUCGCCCUCGUCGACGCGGGCGCUUCGACCGCUUGUACCCUUGCACUGACUGCGAAAACAACGAGAAAUUCCCUGAACUACGCAUAAGAAGUUAACCACAAAUAGCUAUCAAGUCGCGGUACUUCUUUCAACGAUAUGAAGUGUUUCGAGUUUUCGUCUCGAAAACAAUAUCGAUAUUAUCACGUGACACGAUAUAUUUUCCAUACUUCACUUCAGGAAUAUAGAAUUGUGGAAUCUUAUUGCGAUAUUUUAUAAAUGAAUUCGUGACGAAUUUAAUUGAUUUCUUGUGAAUUAAUCAAGGACAUCAAGAAAAAGUCAAAAAUAUAUGAAACAAGAUAUUAUAUUAUUAUACUUGUCUGCAAGUAAUUCGUAGGAAACAGUGAAAUUUUUAUAAUAAAUAAGUACAUGUAUCACUAGAAGAAAAAUGCCAAUUAAAGAAUACAACUAUCAAAUGAUUAGUAGAAAUGUGAAUAUAAAUAGGUAUCGUGAAUCAACGAACAUAAAAUUUACGGGCUAAUGCCGUCCUGCACUUGCAAUGAUUCGCGAGGACGAAGAAGAGGAGGGACUCAGGUGGAAAUAUGUAAGAGACGAGGCGGACAUCGUCUCGUCGGCACGACUAAAGUGCCACGAGGAAGAAGAGGUUGGCCUUAUACAAGGUUUAUAGUUUGCGUAGGAUAGACGAUGAGCGUCGAGGUUGACACGCUGGAACUCGAGGUCUUCGAGGUGAGUCCUCCAAUCCUCUCGAGGACACGAUGAACGGAAGUCGCGUGGUGAUCGGCAAGGAUGCAGGAACUUAUUUGAAGUCGAAACAUAUUAGUGUGAAGGACUGCGACGAGGCGGAUAAAGUCUCGGUAGCAUGCACGGCGACAAAAUCGGAUGCAGAAGAUAGCCGGAAAGGAUCGACGACUGCUGCGUCGAUAUACAACGACGAUGAUAAUUCUGGUUCGAGCAGAAAGAAGAAGAAGAAACGUCGAAAAACUAGGAAGAAACAGCAGUUACAGCUACAACAAUUGCCGCAGAAUACCGAUAGCCAGCAAGUGCACUCAGUGUUGAAUCUGCCAUCAUCUUCGGACGAGGUUGAGGCAGUUGGCGAAUGCUCGAAAAGAGACUCAUCCAGCAGUCUGGGUGGCGCAAGCAGGCACAAUACUUUACGAGAAUCAUUGCUUACUGUGCUAGGCAAAUUGGUGAUAUGGAAAGGCACUAGAUAUCGUUCAAAUACUACUGCGUCAUCUUCAUCCUCGGCGCCACCAAAUUCGCCCCCCGCGACAGAGUGCAUAGGCCGUAGCACUUCCUUUUUCUGCAGCGAAACGGAGAGGAGAAUUCGUGCCAAUAAUCGCGAGUUCAACUCACAAUUUAAUUAUGCGAAUAACUACAUCAAGACGUCCAAGUAUUCGGUUCUGACGUUCCUACCGUUAAAUUUGUUCGAGCAAUUUCAGCGGCUCGCUAACUUUUACUUCCUAUGCCUGCUGGUGCUUCAGAUGAUCCCUGCUAUCUCCUCCUUGACCCCCAUCACUACAGCUAUACCCCUUAUAGGGGUGCUCAUGCUCACUGCCGUUAAAGAUGCCUACGAUGAUUUUCAACGGCACAACAGCGACUCGCAAGUGAACAAUCGAAAAUCUCAAACAUUGCGAGGCACUAGUCUCCGUGAAGAGAAAUGGUCACAAGUGCAAGUAGGCGAUGUAAUUAGAAUGGAAAAUGAUCAAUUUGUUGCAGCCGAUGUGCUUCUUUUAUCUACUAGUGAGCCAAACGGUCUUUGUUAUAUUGAAACUGCAGAAUUAGAUGGAGAAACAAAUUUAAAGUGUCGGCAGUGUUUAGCUGAAACUGCCGAAAUGAUGGAUAAUCACGAAUUGAUUGGUCAAUUUGAUGGAGAAAUUGUUUGCGAAACUCCUAAUAAUUUAUUAAAUAAAUUUGAUGGAACUCUUACGUGGAAAGGACGAAAAUACCCAUUGGACAACGACAAAAUUAUAUUGCGAGGUUGCGUGCUCCGAAACACGCAAUGGUGCUAUGGUGUGGUCAUCUUUGCAGGCAAGGAUACCAAAUUAAUGCAAAACUCAGGGAAGACCAAAUUUAAGAGGACUUCUAUAGAUAGAUUGCUGAAUCUUCUCAUCAUCGGAAUAGUNNNCUUUUUACUUUCUAUGUGUUUGUUUUGUAUGAUCGGCUGUGGUAUUUGGGAGAGUCUCGUGGGCCGUUAUUUUCAAGUGUAUCUACCUUGGGACUCGUUAGUGCCUAGCGAGCCUAUGGGAGGAGCCACAGUGAUCGCUUUACUUGUGUUCUUUUCUUAUGCUAUCGUAUUGAACACAGUAGUGCCAAUCAGUUUAUAUGUGAGUGUUGAAGUUAUCAGAUUUGUUCAAUCAUUUUUGAUCAAUUGGGAUGAAGAAAUGUACCAUGCACCUACAAAUACACAUGCUAAAGCAAGAACUACUACAUUAAACGAAGAAUUGGGACAAAUAGAAUAUAUAUUUUCCGAUAAAACCGGAACACUGACACAGAAUAUCAUGACUUUUAACAAGUGUUCUGUGGCAGGAAAAUGUUAUGGGGAUGUUAUCGACGAAGUUACUGGGGAAGUCGUCGAUUCAAGUGAGACGAACAAAGCUGCCCGAACACCUACGAUGCGAUGGAAAAAUGGACAAGAAUUUGUUCAAGUUUAUACAUCUAUAACUGGUCCAAACGUACGUCUACUGGAACAAGUGGACAGGAUAUCCAAUAUAAUUGGAGAGCCAGGCACCAAUGGCAGUCCGAUGGUUCCACAUAAACUUUCUACAAUGCCGUCAUUGGAUUUCUCAUUUAACAAGGAUUUCGAACCGGAAUUCAAAUUCUACGAUUCUGCAUUACUUGAAGCUGUAAAAAGGAAUAAUGAAGAUGUUCAUAGUUUCUUUCGAUUGUUGGCACUUUGUCAUACAGUUAUGCCAGAAGAAAAAAAUGGCAAGCUAGAAUAUCAAGCACAGUCACCAGAUGAAUCUGCCCUUGUAUCUGCUGCUAGGAACUUUGGUUUUGUAUUUAAAGAAAGAUCUCCAAAUAGUAUAACAAUUGAAGUUAUGGGAAAACGUGAAAUAUACGAAUUACUUUGUAUUUUGGACUUUAAUAAUGUUAGAAAAAGAAUGUCUGUAAUUUUGAGGAAGGAUGGACAUCUUAGACUAUAUUGUAAAGGAGCAGAUAAUGUUAUUUAUGAACGAUUAAAAAAAGGCAGUGAAGAUAUCAUGGCAAAAACAUUGGAACAUCUUAAUAAAUUUGCUGGUGAAGGCUUAAGAACACUGUGUCUUUCAGUUAGAGAUCUAGAUGAGCAAUUUUUCAAUGAUUGGAAACAACGUCAUCAAGAAGCUGCCAUGAGUCAAGAAAAUAGAGAUGAUAAACUAGAUGCAAUUUAUGAAGAAAUAGAAAAAGAUAUGACAUUACUAGGUGCUACUGCUAUUGAAGAUAAAUUGCAAGAUGGAGUACCUCAAACUAUCGCUAAUUUAGGUUUGGCCGGUAUUAAGAUCUGGGUAUUAACUGGUGAUAAACAAGAAACAGCUAUCAAUAUUGGCUAUUCCUGUCAAUUGUUAACAGACGAUCUGACAGAUGUUUUUAUAGUAGAUUCCACUACUUAUGAUGGUGUUGAAAAUCAAUUAUCACGAUAUUUGGAAACUAUCAAAACAACUUCAGGUCAUCAAAAUCGGCCAACUCUCUCCGUUGUCACAUUCAGGUGGGAUAAGGAAAGCAGUGAUACUGAAUACAAUCCUAGUAGAGAUGAACAAGAUGAACAUGAAAUGGAACAAGCAACAGGAUUUGCAGUAGUUAUUAAUGGGCAUUCUUUAGUUCAUGCAUUACAUCCACAACUUGAGCAACUUUUUCUUGAGGUAUCAAGCCAAUGUAAAGCUGUGAUAUGUUGUCGCGUGACACCUUUACAAAAAGCAAUGGUAGUCGAAUUAAUAAAGAAAAAUAAAAAUGCUGUGACUUUAGCAAUUGGUGAUGGGGCUAAUGAUGUCUCAAUGAUAAAAACAGCUCAUAUAGGUGUUGGUAUUAGUGGACAAGAAGGAUUACAAGCUGUAUUAGCAUCCGAUUAUUCAAUAGGACAAUUUAGGUUUUUGGAACGAUUACUCCUUGUUCAUGGCAGAUGGUCAUAUUAUAGAAUGAGCAAAUUUCUUAGAUAUUUUUUUUAUAAGAAUUUUGCGUUUACAUUGUGCCACAUUUGGUUUGCCUUUUUUUGUGGAUUUAGUGCACAGACUGUAUUUGAUCCUAUGUAUAUUUCUGUUUACAAUCUCUUUUAUACAUCAUUACCUGUAAUGGCAGUUGGUAUAUUUGAUCAAGAUGUUAAUGAUAAAAAUAGUUUACUUUAUCCAAAACUUUAUGCACCUGGAUUACAAAAUUUACUCUUUAAUAAAAAAGAAUUUUGCUGGAGUGCCAUACAUGGUUUUUUUGCUAGUUGUGUAUUAUUUUUAGUUCCAUAUGGAACAUAUAAAGAUGGAGUAUCGCCAAAGGGCUAUGUACUUUCUGAUCAUAUGUUAUUGGGAAGUGUUGUAGCUACUAUAUUAGUCAUAGUUGUCACUGUUCAAAUAGCCCUUGAUACAUCAUAUUGGACAAUUGUUAAUCAUAUUAUGGUUUGGGGCUCACUCAUUUGGUAUUUCGUUUUAGAUUAUUUCUAUAAUUUUGUCAUAGGUGGUAGUUAUGUUGGCAGUCUUACAAUGGCAAUGUCUGAAGCAACGUUUUGGUUCACGGCAGUCAUUUCGUGUAUUAUAUUAGUAAUACCUGUAUUAUCGUGGAGGUUCUUCUUCAUCGAUGUUAGACCAACACUAUCUGAUAGAGUUAGACUUAAACAAAGAUUGGCACAACUUCGUUCUCGCCAAAGUCAAGAUAUACUUCGUACACCAUCGACAAGACGAACACGACGAUCUCUUCGUUCAGGAUACGCUUUCGCGCAUCAAGAAGGUUUUGGAAAACUCAUUACAUCAGGCAAAAUUAUGCGAAAAUUACCAAAUGGUGCAGAUUUUAAAUUCGCUAUGCCAUUUACGAACAAUACUAGCAAACAAGUUAAUGUUGCCACUACAUCACCAAAGGAUAAUGCAUCCAAAAAUUCGCACACAUUGGAUACUAUUAAUCUAUAAUUUGGAUAUUCUAUUGUAAGUCUUUCCAUCAUUAAAUUUCGAAUAAUUAUUUUGUAACAUUAACAUAAAAAUAUUAUUAACAUUUUUUCAAAUGAAUUGUUUAUUUCAACAUAUUUUUUAAAUACGAUAUUAGAUCAUAAAGCUUCAUAUUACAUUUCUGUUUUUGUUACAAAAAGAAAAAAACAUAAACAAAAAUUAUGUGUAUCUGUAUACAUUGCAAUAGCUAAAAAAUAUUUUCUGGCUUAUUAGAUUCAAUUUUUUGUAUCAAUGCUUAAAUUAAGUAAUCGAAGUUCAAAUGACAAUAAAGUAUUAAUUGUUUGCAUAAGAAAAAUUUU